CUGUGCUCAUAUAUGCCGGCAUUCUAGCAGGCAUGCUUUCCGAAGAGGCGGACGUUGACCUCGCGUUCCGCGGUUACUGUGUUGGUGGUUACCUCAUCAGUGUUGACGCCGCCGAGGCGUUUGCCCGUCGCAACGACAUCGACGUCCUCCACCUCAUCGACCGUUUCCGCAACACCAAGAAGGAAGACUACGACUGGGAGGGCUGGUGGAAGGUAUCUGAAAGCUCAACCAAUGCCUCGAAACGAAUCAACAACUGGCUCUUGGACCGCCACCCGGACGACUUUCAGUCGCUCCCGUUCCCGGGCGUGCAGACCAGCUUCGUGCACUGGGAUCAGGCGCAGCGCGAGAAGUGGAACGCGCGUCAGAAGGACGUCGGUAACCCGCCGAGGCUUGCGGAUGGCUGGUAUCUGUUCUUCAAAUGCAGAGCCAUGUAUACACUCGACGAGCUCGUGCGCGUCAACUCUCCCUUCUCCGUCGAGGAGACCGAGAAGCGCAAGUUUCGGGAAUACCUGCUCAACGAUUUGCAGGUCUUUGGCACAGAAGCCGACGAUCAGGGGCAAGCCAUGCCGUGGGCUUCCCUGCUGGAUUACAGUGGGCUAUGCUUCCUGUGGUUCAAUACCGGCGGCUGGAGGGACGGACAAGUGACAUACCACGUAGGACUAGAGGGUAAGAAGGCGUUCCUUGAGAAGCUUCGGACACGGCUGGCGAAGCAACGUCAGCAGAAGCUAGAGGCUAGUGGGAAUGCGGAUCAGUCUAGCUGCUAGAUCAUCCAUGGUUUGUGGCUAGUGGUAGUCCGGUACAUGCAGUACGCGGCAAACAUCGCCACAGGACAUUGCACCUCUGUGAAUAAGAUAUUCAGGAAGCUCCAACAUACUACCAUGAAUAAUCAGUUAUGUGAC